AUGCAGCUGUUGUCACAAGCAAACGUUUACUUGCGUCAACAUCCUGCUGAUGCAAACAUGACAUUGGAAGAACUGAAACAGAUGGUCAAUUCCAUGAGUCCAAAGUACAAGGUACGAAUCAGUAUUGGUAUUAGCGGCUGCAGGAAUUGCUGGCCCUGAUUGAACAAAAAGGCUGCCCUACUUUGUUCUUUACUUUUAGUGCAGUUGACAUGCAUUGGCCAGACUUACAGAGGCUGUUGCAGAAUGAUUAAGGUGCAAGCAGAUCUGAGCGAGCACAAGCUGUAAUCGACAAUCCCCAUCUGACUGAUUGGUUCUUUAUGCAGCGGCUGCAGGAGUUUGUCAGACAUUGGCUUAAUGGCGUCUUGGAUGCUGAGUGGUACUGGUAUCGAUUUGAGUACCAAGCUAGAGGAAGUAUUCAUUGCCACGGAUGUGAAAAGUUAAAAAAUGACCCUGAUAUUAGAGAAUUACGUAAUAAGGCAUGUGUUGCAUUCCUAGAGGGUGAGACAACAAGGUACGAAAUGUCACCUGAUGAUUUUGAAUUCCUUUGCGGGGAUGUGAUAAGACAGGGAGAAGAUGCUGAGAAGUUGUUAAGACAGUAAGAAAAAAUAUUUGCAUAUUAAUGUUUCCAAUGUGUACUGUACGUAGAGAUCAAGCUAACUGUGCAGAAUCUGUUGUGGGCUAAUUGUUUCAAUAAUAAAAUUUUAUCCUGCAACAGGCCUUCAAAUGCAUGUACCGGCACAAUACCGAUCAUAAUUAUUGCAGUAGUUACACAAUACCGGACUCGCUUCUCAUGGUCAUAACAUUGAAUUUUGCAUUUUUAGAGAUGUCUUACUGUACCUCCUACUCAAUAUAUUGCAAUAGCAUUUCAAAAUACCAUUAAAACUAUACCUUGGCAUGCUCCCAAAUGUUGAUAUCAACUAAAAGUGUGCAGGUCAAAUGUUCAUGUCAACUACUGUAAAAAGCGAAUUUUGUAUUAUGCAUGUAUUAACCACUGCUGUCUAUUUUGGAUAUUUAAUAAUAUGACUACUACUGUAAAUUAAAAGGCAGGAUAAACUACUGUACACAACUUUUGCCUAAAAUUGUCGCAUACAACCUGCUUAUAUGCAUGUAUACAACUUGAGUGUACUGGGUGAACCAGCACACAACUAUGCCUAUGACAACGUAAGUGAGUAAAUGCAAGUUUAAUACAGUGUCAACUUGUGUCCUUGAUAUUUUAAACAUUAAAAUUGAAAAAGUAACAAUAUUUUACAUGUAAACAAAAAUUCCUUAUAAAAUUCCUUAAAAGGUUUCAAUUUUCCUCAAGGAAUUUUCAAUAAUUCUGAAGAUUUCAUUGGAAUGUAAGAAAUUACAUAAAUAGAAAGUGGAAAUUUAACUGUGGCACAAACUCACCUGUGACUGUGGUCAUACAGGUUUCACAGGAAAAUGUUUCACUCAGUCAAUGGUGUGAUUAAAACUGUUUUAUGACUAAUUCGGUAAUUUUUGGCUAAUAGAAAAAACGCACAUGUUUAAUAAUAAGUUUUGAUUAUUUUAAAGGUAUGUUGACUGGCUGGUGACAACUUUUAAUGAGGAAUUGCCAGAUGAAAACUGGAGGAUACCAGACCCUCAUCCAUCUGCUGUUAGUGCUACAACAGUGGAUAAUCGUGACAAUGAUUAUCACAGGUUAGUUAAUACUGUAGAAAGACACACUAGAUGCAGUCCAGCGUAUUGCUUGAAACAGAAAAGAGUGGACCUGCUUGCAGAAUGCAGAUUUGGUUUUCCAAAGCCAUUGCAAGAAGAAACAGAACUGAGCCUUGAGCUGGUGGUAGGUAAGAAUACGAAGUCUGUUGAGUCUGAGUUACAUACCAAACGAAAUGAUCAAAGAUUAAAUUCGCAUAACAGGGUGAUGCUCGAAAACUGGCGGGCAAAUGUAGAUUUGCAAGUUAUUGUAGAUGAGAAGGCUUGUGCAAGAUACAUGGCCAAGUAUGCUGCGAAAGGAGAACCCCGAUCGGAAUCGGCGUCAGAAAUACUAAAAUUGUCUGUGUCUUCAUUACAGAAUGAUGUUCAAGUCUCUUCGGCCUUCAAGAAAGCAAUGAUCCAAGUUGCUGGGGAUAGAGAUAUGGCAGCACAAGAAACUGCACAUAUGUUACUUAGUCUAUCACUGGUUGGCUGCACAUUUAGUUUUGUUACUAUUUCUUUAGAUAACGGCAGGAAGGUUAAUAUUGAUGCAGAAAAUGAAGGCGAUGAGGUACUUCAAAAAUCUGCGCUACAAGAAUAUGCAGAACGUACAAAAUUGAAGAGUAGGUAUAUACAGGCUUGUCUCAGCUAAAUCUGAUGCAAUAUGUGUCACAGUACACGAAAGUCCGAGGUGAGUUGACAAAACGAGCGAAUCUGUACAUUGUCAGGACAUUUCCAAAGAUUUCCGCCAAUCCUACUGGUCCUGAUUUUGGAAAAUACUGCAAAUAUCAACUAAUAAAGUUUAAACCAUGGGAGGGUCAACCGUCAAAUGCUUGGAACAACGAGGAUGAAAGUGUUCAAAUGUUUAUUAAUGCAUAUGACAGAUGAAUUUGCAGAAGAAAAUGUGUUUAGGUAUUCCGAUGAAACAGACAGAGUUCAUGAUGCGCAAUGUGGUCAAAUCUUUGAAAACGAUCGAAGUGAAGUUGACCCUGAUGAUGAGGAGGAAGGCGAUUAUUGGAUGUUAUUAUGCAGAAUUAACCAAGAUUAUGGUGAAGCAGGUAAUCGGAUGUCAGACAAUGAAGCAGUGGACUUGUUUGAAACGGUAAGAGCUAGCUGUGCCUAGAGAUAUAUUAAAGGAAUCUCCAGGAUGGAUCUGUAGUCAGACAAAGGAGGCUGAAGAACAUGGUCAGCAUUUUCGAGAAGAUGAUCAACAAUGUGUAAUUGAUCCGGAGACCUUGAAUGAAAAACAACGCCUUGCUUAUGACAUCAUCACAUCUCAGAAUGGUGAUAAUGCCGAGCCUGUUUAUAUGAUUGUGUGUGGAACACAGCUGGCACAGGUAAGACAUACUUAAUAAGUGCAACAAAACAAGUAUUAGCCACCCAGUGUGUUGUUACAUCAACUACUGGGAUUACAGCCUUUAGUAUUAAUGGUCAAACAUUACAUUCUGCUGCUCAACUUCCUAUCCGUGAAUAUAGGGAUUUGCAGGGUGAUUCACUACAGCGGUUACAGCUGAGCCUGGAAGGUAAAAGAUUUCUGAUUAUUGAUGAAAUGUCAAUGAUUGGACAUAAAAUGCUAUCAUGGCUUGACAAUAGAUUACGUGCUGGUACUGGAAAGGAAGAUGUCCCUUUUGGUGGUAUGUCAGUAAUUCUAAUGUGGGAUUUUGGUCAAUUACCACCUGUUGGUGAUAAGCCAAUGUAUGUUUCAGGUAAUGGAACAGUAGUAAGUGACCAUGGACAUAGUUUGUAUCUGAUGUUUGAGUCUGUCACUAUUUUAGAUCAAGUUAUGCGUCAGGCUGGUGACGACCACGAGACAGUUGCUUUUAGAGCCUUGCUGAUGAGAAUGCGAAAUGGAGAAGUGACAGGGGAGGACUGGAAACUAUUGUUGGAGCAUUCAACAACAAGUGUACCAAUGGAUCAAUUUACUGAUGCCAUCCGAUUGUACUUUGACAAGAAAAGUGUUGCUGAAUACAAUUACGAGAAGCUAUUGCAGCUUGGACAACCUGUUGCUAAAAUUCAGGCAAAGCAUUCUGGUCAUGGUGCCAGUGCGGCAACGUCGGACGAAGCUGGUGGAUUGGAUGCUGUUCUGUUUUUAUCCACAAAAGCAGAAGUAAUGCUCACUUGCAACCUGUGGGCUGAAGUUGGUCUCUGCAAUGGAUCAUUUGGCACUAUUGAGCAGAUUUGGUUUGCAGAGAAUAUGGGUCCACCAAACCUGCCAAUAGCAGUAUUGGUACACUUCCAUAGUUACACUGGUCCUGCAUUCCUAGAUGCAUGUUCUAAAUGUAUACCUGUGCCACCCAAAGUGUUUGAAUGGGUGGCUGAUGGAAAGUAUCUGUCAAGGCAACAAGUGCCUUUGCGGUUGAGGUAUGCAAUGACUAUUCAUAAGUCACAAGGACAGACACUAACAAAAGCUGUUGUUGAUUUAGGUAAAGGAGAAAAAGUUGCUGGAUGCACAUUUGUAGCUACAUCACGGGUGAGAUCGAUUCAUGAUAUUGUAUUUGAACCUAUGACAUUUGAUCGCCUGAAAGCAAUUGGUAGGAGUAAAAAUAUGCAAAAACGACUCGAAGCUGAACAGCGACUUAAAGUGCUUGCAGAGAAAACUGUCCAAACAUAUAAUAGGUCAUGAGUUGUCAUAUUAGUUGAAGAGUUGUGGUGUUCAAGCACCAGCAUAGUAUACUGGGCACAUAUACUGUGCUUUCGAGGUUAUUUCUCCUGUUACUAGGCACAAUUUUAAAGGUGUAGUCUAUGCCUCUAUUAUUGUGUUUUUGAGGAAGGCAUUCAGGGAGUUUGUCAUUGCCU